AUGGCAUACCCCGAGUACAGUCCGACGCGGCUCCUAGGUACUACUCCUAUUUUUGAGAAAAGAAACGACGGCUGGAAAAACGCAAAAAGUCGCCAAAUCUCCCAAUUUGGAGGCUCCUCCGCCAGCGAUGUCAGGGCUUUGGGGAUUAAUUUUUUUUUUUUCUCUCUGUCUCUCUCUCUUAGAAAUAGCCGUGCGGGCAGGGCAGCAGCGCGGUGCCGGUGGGGCCGGCGGCUCCGGGAGCGCUGCGGGGCAGGCGGCGAGGAGCCUCCCCCGCGCCCGCCGGGGCCGCGCCGCUCCGCGCCCGCUCAGCGCCGCGGAACCGCCGCCCGUGACAUCCCCCGACACGCACCGGCCCGGGGGGCGCCGGCCCCGCCGCUCCCCUUCCUCCUCCUCCUCCUCCUCCUCCUGCUCCUCCUCGGCGAGCGGCUCUCCGCAGGGGUGUCCGACCUUCCUCCUCCUCCUCCCGCUGCUGCUCCCGGGCGCGCCGGCGGUGGCUCAGCCGGCGGGGCUCAUGGGCGGGCGGCGGGGCUGCCCCGCACACGCGUGGGCCCCGCAGGGCGUCACAGCAUCCCGGGGAGCAGCGCCGAGCCCCGGCCGCGCCGCCGAGCCCCGGCUCCCUGCGCUGCGGGGGCGAGCGGCGGCGCGGGGCGGGGGGGUGGGGGGGGGAGGCUCCUUCUCUUUCGCUGGGUGGUUUGGUUUUGGUUGGUUUUGGUUUGGUUUUUUUUUUUUUUCUCCCCUUCGCCUCUUUUGCUUUUAGCUGCCCGGGGAGGUGAGCGGAGCAGGAUCGGUGCCUCCACCUCCCGGCUGCCGCAGGCUUCCUCUCCCGCAAUACAUUCGCGCACCCGGGGACGGCGCCGGCCGCGGGUCUCAGCCUCGCCGGUGGAGCGGGGGGUUGCGGGGGGGCUCCCGCUCCGCUCGCCGCCGCAGCAUCAGGGAGGCAACGGGGUCAAACUUUGCAGGAACUCGCUCGCAGCCCCUCGGUGCCCCCGGGCGUGCCCGAACGAUGCCGCCCCGGCUGCCCGGGCAGGGUCCGCCGCAUCCCCUUGGCUCCGCCGGCCCCAGCGGCACCGGCUGCGGGUCCGGGGCCCCCCCGCGCCCCCCGCCGCCCUGUCCGCCCUCCUUCGCCCAGUGCCAUCCCUCCCCCUGUAUUUCGCUUUUAAACUGCAGCUGUUGAAGGCUAAACCUCCUUUGCAAAAAAAAAAAGCAGCAUUUCCUCCCACAUGUCCGUGAAUUGUGGAUUAAGAUGUUCCUCUGCUGGCUGAAGAUUUGCAGGUAAAUUUGGUACCAACCCAAGGGCACCAAAGGCGAUGGUCUCCUUAUUUCUCCUUAUUUGCAGAACCUGUAGCCCUAGGCUGGAUGGGCUGUGGUUCCAGCAGUGAGAAAUGCAAAGCUCUCCAUAGCAGCAGCGGGACUAAGGAGUAGCUGGAACAGGGAGUAAGAAGAAUCUGAGGCAGCAGCAGCCUGUGGAAAGUUGUAAACUUCUGUUACAGAUGGUUUUGGGAGCACCACUGCUGGCUGGUCCUGCUGGCCAUCUGAGGAUCUGAACACCAGGUGAGGUGCAUGCAUCCAGCUUUUCAUGGAAUACAGCUCUCCUUUUUUAGUAAUAACUGGUUGAGUUGAGUGCUGGGUGAGAGUGUCCUCUGUCACUUGUUUCUAAAGAGGAAACUUGGGGAACAGAGAGGUAAAAAUUGCUUUGCUGGUGCUGCUUGUGGUGCAGUACAGCAGCACAGACAUGAGUAAAUGUCUUUUAGCUCUUCCCACCUCGCAGUCUCAGCAGGCUGGAUUAGCCCUCGGCAGGUAGGAGAGACUGGAGCUACUGGGUGAUCCUGACGAGUGAAUGUCACAGAAUGAGGGGAGGCAAAUUUGCUCCUUUCCACCCACAGCAGGUGGAAAAAAACACAGUAUAUUGUUAUGUUUUUCUUCCGCACGCGCUUCUCAAAGCACUGGGGAAGUAUUUAUUUUAAACUUCACAGUCUCUGUGAAGGGCACAAUUACAGUCACUAGCCCUGUGACAGAGAGAAACACUAAGAACCUGCUCAAGCUACGAGCAACUUACUACUGUGUAGUACAAGAAAGAAUGAAAUUAGCAUCUUCCGAAUGAAAUAUCCAGCAGCCUCCAGAAGGUGCUGAAAUCCUUUGACAUCUCCAAGACUCUUUCACACUUUUCAAACAAGCUUGUCACAGUUUCUCGGAGCAUCAUGGAUCUGGUGAAACUGCAUAUUCUGCGACUUUAGUUUCACUCAAGCUUCAGCCAGGUCUUGCUUCAACUUGGCUGUCUCUGGUGUUCUGGUCAACUAGGAAAUUGCAUUAUCUCAUUCUGAUUAAAUCAGCUUUUCAUCUUCAGCUGGAGUUUUCGUUGGGUUUUGGUCUUGCCUGUCUCCCAUCAGGCUGCUGUGAGUGAUUAAGGCAUUAGCACACCCCACCCCAGAGUGGCUGCAUUAAGCCAUGGGCAGAAGGGUUCCUGUGCCCGAGCACGUGGUGCUCCCUGAUGGGAUUGCUGGAGAUGUGAGGUCAAGCUGUGGUAAGUAAAAAUUAGGAGUGUCUGGUGAUGCUGUGAGUUGUGUUUCCUUCUGCUGCCCAUUUGAUGCACCCGUCCAUGUCUCACUGUAGCACAGCCAUGCUCCGUUCCUGUGGGGGUUCCCCCCAGCAUCAUGGCCUGCACAGUAUCUCCACGUCCUUCCAGCAUGUUUUCUGGGUUUAUUAAAGGACAGGGUCUCCCUGCACUGUCUGAGUAAUGGC